AUGUCGGGCAUGUGGAAAGGCGGCCAGAACAGUUCGCAGAAUGGCGAUCAACUGAACGUGGAGCCACCGCACCCAAUUCCACAGGAUGAUGGCGUCUCCAGGUCUUCGAGACGUAGCUACGAGCCCUCGAGGAGAAGCUAUGAGGAGCCGAACGAGCGUACCCGUCUUCUCGACCGUCCCAGGCCGCCACCGAACGCCGAUGGCUACUUGGAUCCAGAUGACCCAGCGGUAUCUCCAUACAAUCUCUGGACGGUGCGGGCUAUGCGCUACCUGACCGUUCUCUUCCUAGUCGUCACCUUCCUGUGGUGGGUGCUUUUGUUGGUCUCCAUCUUCGUCUCUCCACCUGGUCUUCAUACGCGCGGAUCGGGCUUCUUCGACUUCGCCUACACAUGUCUUACUCUCGGAAAUCUUCUCGUGGCUACCAUUUUCUUCGUCACGCCAGCCAAAGGACUGCGCAUCACCACGGCCAUCAUUGCGGUGCUCCUUGCGAUUGACAUGAUCAUCAUUCUGGCUGUACCACGUCUUCGGCUGGAGGAAGGAUGGGUCGGUAUUGCCAGUGUCAUUUGGGCAUUCCUCAUGGCCGUCUGGUGCAUCCUAACAGAUCGUGUCGUCGCAUACGGCAAGAAGGAAGAGGAGGAGCGUCUGACUGGCCGGGCAGAGACAAGACGCACUCUCAAGGAGUGGGUUGCGGUUCUCAUUGCAACUACCUUGACCGUACUCUUCAUCAUCAUUGUCAUCCUAAUGACUGCUACCCUCGGCCUGCGCACCAGCGAUGCAACCCUCAAGAUGUACGGCGACCGUGUUCUCGUCGAUGGUGACAAGUAUGCUGUGCACCUCGCAUGUGUUGGCAACGUCACCUACACUGGUGAGACCAGGGACCCUACCGUUCUCCUCGAGGCUGGAGAAGAGCCCCUCGAGUACGAUUUCGAGCACUGGGCCUAUGCAGCCUACAAGAAUGGCACCAUCUCGCGCUACUGCUACUGGGAUCGUCCAGGCUAUGCCUUCUCCGACAACGCUCCUUCUCCACACUCGGCCGGCAUGUCGGCUGACGCGCUUUCGGAGGCCCUCUCCGUAACUGGGGAGGAAGGCCCAUGGAUCCUCGUCUCGGCCGGUUCUGGAAGCAUCGUCUCGCGUAUCUUUAGCUCCCGCCACCUCAAGCAAGUCGUCGGUAUCAUGAUGAUCGAUCCCCUCCACGAGGACCUGCUUCACCGCAUUGGUAGCCCCGGUCGCGGUUUUCUUCUAUGGGCAUGGGGCAUCAUCUCUCCUCUUGGCACUGUCCGUCUCGCCGGCGCAAUCUUCAAAGGUCGCACACGCGAAGACCGUGUCUACGGCCGCAACGCCUACCAAUCCGGCAAAUUUAUCAAGGCACAGCUCCAGGAGAACCUGCUUGCCGACUCGCUCACCAAGAACGAAGUCGUUUCGUCAAGGAAUAUUCAAAGCGCUGAUACACCGCUUGCCAUUGUGUCGAGCGGCAUCUCCUGUGGCAAGGACCGCGAGUGGGAGCGCAAGCAGGAGGAUCUGACCAGGCUGACGGAUAACCUGGUAGCCUUUGAUAUUGUUAAGAAGGCACCGCAUCAGGUAUGGCAUACGCUUGAGGGCCGCAGCGUCAUGGAGAAGAGACUCAAGGCGCUCGUCAAGGCGGCGCAUAAGAUGAACUCUACUGCAGAAGAGUGA